GUGGAAACAAGCAAACAUCUAUUUAAACGAAUCAUCUUCAGCCUCUAGGAGAUGAGUCAGGACAGCAUGGCAAAGAAAAAGAAGAGUGAAGGGGCCACGAAAAUUCCCAGAGAAAGCAGUGACUCAGAUAGGAAGACCAUGCGGGACAUUGAGAGACCAAGCACUCGCCAGAGUGCCCAGAUGAGGCGUGCAGUCAACCCGAUCCGCUCGCUAAGGCGUUGUUCGAUGUGGUGUUUUUCGUCGUAUAGACGCUGCCUUGGCCUGGGGGCUGUGGAGGGGGCAUUACUUCUUGGCCCCUUCCGCAGCCUGAGUGUUUAUUUAUAUGUGUGCCUGUUGUGGGAGCAGGGACGGCAGGCCGUCAUUAUCAGGAGUAUAACACAGGAGUAUGUUAUGCUGAAAACGGAUUCCCAGAAAAGUCUCCGGCAAAACCGAAAUUCUCCCCGGGUUUCUUCCUCCGAGGAUGCCAAAAGCCGGAACGUGAGGCAAUCCAUCACCAGUAUCAACUCUCGAGUCUCAGUUUCGGAGCCUGGGGAACAGAAGCUGCCUCCUACUCCGCCCGCUGCACAGACUCCAGAGAAGGCACCCACCCCUCCCCGGGAGCCAGAUCAGCCGACAACUCCACCUCUCCUUCCAUCCCCACCCCCCGAAAGGAAGAGUUCAAAGACCCCAUCCACCCAAAGCUUCAGGGAUACAGGUGAAGACAAUGAUGAGGGUGUUUUCAACUGGACGCCCGGCCGGCCCAGGCCACCCAAACCUAAGAAUGCUAUCACCAUUGCUGUCUCUUCCCGGGCUCUCUUCAACAUGGUGGAGGAUAGUAAAAUCUUUGAGAAAGAAGGACUGGAGAAGUACAUGGAGUACCAGAUCACCAACGAGAAUGUCAUUCUGAGACCUGGACCUGCCUUUGGCUUUGUCAAGGCCCUGCAGAAUGUCAAUGCCAGACUGCGCAAUCUUUACCCCAGUGAGCAAGACUUGUUUGAUAUUGUGCUGAUGACAAAUAACCAUGCCCAAGUGGGGGUGAGGCUCAUAAACAGCAUCAAUCACCACGGCUUAUUAAUUGAUCGCUUCUGCCUGACUGGUGGAGAAAGUCCUAUUGGCUAUCUCAAGACGUAUCUUACCAACUUAUAUCUUUCUGCAGAUCCUGAUAAGGUACAAGAAGCCAUAGAAGAAGGGAUUGCCGCAGCUACGAUAUAUCUGGGGAAUAAAGACUUGCCAUUCUCAGAUACACAACUCCGAGUGGCCUUUGAUGGGGAUGCUCUCCUGUUUUCUGAUGACUUCGAUACGAAUGUUAAUGAGAAAGAAACAGAGGAACCCGUGCAACAAGAACCAUUUAAUAAUGACAAGCCUCUUGCCCAGGGUCCCUUGAAACAAUUCCUGGAAGAUUUAGGGAGGCUGCAAAAGAAGUUUUAUGCCAAAGAUGAGAGGCUGCUCUGCCCCAUCAGAACCUACCUCAUCACGGCCAGGAGCGCCGCCAGCUCUGGGGCCCGAGUGCUCAAGACGCUCCGGGCCUGGGGCCUCGAGGUUGACGAGGCCCUCUUCCUGGCUGGGGCCCCCAAGGGGCCCAUCUUGGUCAAAAUACGGCCCCACAUCUUCUUUGAUGAUAACAUGUUCCACAUCAGGGAAGUGCAGAAGUUUGGCACGAUUGUAGCCAGCAUACCCUUCCCCACCUCUCGGAGAAGUAGCCAAAAUCAGGAAGGGACCCAGCACACCCCCGGCAUGGAGCAGGGCUCUCUCCCAUCCACCCCCGGGCCUCCUGUCACUGUCACUUCUAUCACUCCUCCUGAGUCUCAGACAGCUUAUUUGUUGGAAGAGGACUCAGGCAAGAAAGGGGGCAGAGAAGCUGCUGCUGGACCUCAGUCUGUCAUCUCUGGGAAGACGGUGAUGUUACAGGCCCGGGCAGAGGCCUGA